GAAAACCGAUUGCGCCUGCGUAUCCAGACGUGGCAACGGCAUCAUGGCCUCUUGGAACCGCUACGGGAGUCGGAUGAGAGAGGCGAAAAUGCUCAUGUUGGUGCUUCUGGUGUGGCUGCUGCCAGUGCUGGAAGCGGUAAAGGUGUCUCCUCUCAUUGAGAAGGUCAGCGACCACAAAGACUUCAAGAAGCUGCUCAGGACGAGAACCAACGUUCUGGUGCUCUACACCAAGACAGCUACAUCAGGGGACUCCCACCUGAAGCUGCUGUCAGAUGUGGCCCAGACAGUGAAGGGCCAAGGGACUAUUGCCUGGGUCAACUGUGGAGAUUCAGAGGGCCGUAAACUCUGUAAGAAAGUGAAGGUGGACCCAAGCUCCAAAAGCGGAGGAGCCGAGCUGUUGCAUUACAAAGAUGGGACGUUCCACACAGAGUACAACAGGCCUGCUACCUCCAAGUCCAUGGUAGCAUUCUUAAAAGAUCCCUCAGGGCCCCCACUGUGGGAGGAGAACCCCGAGGCAAAAGACAUCGUCCACAUAGAAACAGAAAAAGACUUCAGGAAGCUGCUGAAGAAAGAGGAGAGGCCUGUUCUCAUGAUGUUCUAUGCUCCCUGGUGCGGCGUUUGUAAGAGAAUGCAACCGAUCUUUCAACAAGCGGCAACAGAGACGAAGGGAAAAUAUGUACUGGCGGGGAUGAAUGUGCACCCAGCUGAGUUUGACGGCCUCAAGCAGGAGUACAACGUCAAAGGCUACCCAACCUUUUGCUACUUUGAGAAGGGGAAGUUCCUCCACCACUAUGAAAACUAUGGAGCUACAGCCAAGGAUAUCGCAGACUGGAUGAAGAACCCUCAGCCACCCCAACCAAAGACCCCUGAGGUGCCGUGGUCAGAGACAAACUCACCAGUCUUCCACCUGACAGAUGAGUCCUUUGACAGUUUCCUGGAGGAACAUCCUGCAGCCCUGGUCAUGUUCUAUGCUCCCUGGUGUGGCCACUGCAAGAAGAUGAAGCCAGAAUAUGAUGAAGCUGCUGAAAUACUCAACAAAGGUGCAGAGAGUCCAGGUGUGUUGGCAGCAGUGGAUACCACAGUGCACAAGGCUGUCGGGGAUCGCUUCAAGAUCUCCGGCUUUCCCACGGUUAAGUAUUUCGAGAAAGGUGAGGAGAAGUUCACGCUGCCACAGCUCCGAAGCAAAGAGAAGAUCAUCGAGUUUAUGCACAAUCCCCAGGCCCCUCCUCCACCAGAGCAGUCUUGGGAGGACAAGCCCUCCAGUGUCAGCCAUCUUGGAUCAGAGGAUUUCCGAGAGGCGCUGAAGAAGAAAAAACAUGCUCUGGUCAUGUUCUACGCUCCCUGGUGUCCACACUGUAAAAACGCUGUCCCCCACUUCACCACUGCAGCAGAGCUAUUCAAAGAGGACCGCAAGAUCGUCUAUGCUGCUGUGGACUGUACAAGAGGACAGAACCAUGAGCUUUGUAAGCAGGAAGGGGUGGAGGGAUACCCAACAUUUAACUACUACAACUAUGGCAAGUUUGUGGAAAAAUACAAUGGAGAUCGUGGGGAGGUGGGCUUCACUGGCUUCAUGCGCAGCCUAAGAGGACGUGAUCAGGAAAAGGUUGUCAAGAAGAAGGAGGAGCUCUGAGGGCGGCGUGCACUGCGCAGUUUGUCAUUGCACUGUGACCCUUGACCCUGGCAAGGGCCCUAUCAGCACUGACAUGGGAGACUUGAUGACCUCAGUGAAAGGCUAUUUUUUAUACCAUGGUGAUCACGUUUGUAAUAAUACCAACAGAGUACCUACAGUCAGACCGACCACUUGAGACUUCUUUUUUCAUGGAUAUUCUGAUGGGCAGAAAAUACACAAACAAAAAAACUUCUUCCUUUUUUUUUUUGCCCAAACACUGUGACUGCAUAUGUGAAAAGCUACACCCUAUACUGUAUCUAUGCAAUACUGACCCCUGCUUAGCCCUGUGGGGGUCUGCACCCAUGGUGGGGGGUGGUGGUGGUGGGAAUCCUUCGUUAAAGGUGGAGGCUGCACUGUCUGUCACUCUAUAGGGGUCCUAAUCCAGUCCCAUCAACCCUGCUGUGUCUCCAGAAGAGACUAAUGUUGAUACACCUGUUGGUUCCCGUAUUUUUGUACAGAACCUUCAUGUCUCCAGUCCAGAGCCAUCCAGAAUAUUGCUUUGUUAUCCUCUCAGAUCCAUUAGAAGAUAACUGUAAUUAACAGUGACAUCUGAAAAAUCCCAAAGCUAGUAAAAUGUGAAGUGCUACUGUAGGUAAUGAGGUACUGUAGCAAUGUAGAGGAAGUGAAAUUAUGGCCAAAUGGUCAAUAUUCUGCAUGAUUCUGGGCCACCAUGAUUAAAUUUGCUUUUAGAAAAUACUUUGUUUUUUUGUUUUCAUUUUGUUUUGCUUAAAACUGUGGCCUUAAAAAUAAAAAAUAGCUGGAAUUGCAGAAGUAUAGUGAUGAAGAGAAGGGAAUGAGAGGCCUGGUGCCCUUGCAAUUUCCUCAAGUCACGGACCAGAGCAAGCAAAGGAGAAGAAAAAAAAAAAAAAGAUGAAAUGCCAAAUAUUACUACGCAUAGCCCUUGAUAUUUCUAUGCUUCAUACAUUUCCAAAUAUUAACAACAUUCACAGCUGUAGUUUUACCUCUUUUACCUCCACUGUUGUUCAUUCAAAAUGAGAUUUCAUCCAUGUUUGGAUGAGGGAAGGGCUCAUUUACAUAAGCAUGGGAGACGCUCUAGUAUGGUUGCUAAAUAUUGCAUGUUGAUAAUAAAAUGUCCGCAACAUGAAUCUUGCCCCUGUCCACUGAUGUGAUCACAAAUUCAACACCAUAGUUCACAGUCUUCUCUGUAUUCACUCAUUGUUCAGGGAAACGCUGGAAUAAUUCAGACCACUGGUCUAUACUGGUUGGACAUUCAGGGUGUUGAUUUAAGGGUCCCCAGUUUGUUUUAUGGCAAUGUGUUUCUGCAAGAGUAAAAAUGACAGCACUCUGGCCAGUUUUGCCUCAAUGUGUCAUGCCUUGGUCUGGAAUUGCUUGGCUUGGGUUAGACUGGACAGUGCUCUCCCAUGUCUUCCAUCAUAAUUAAAGGAGGACUUCGCAGUACAUCCAAGGAGUAAUUAUGUAUUAAGUAAGCGAAGACUCCAGUCUCCCUCCCGCUUCUCACAGUGUAACACCAUCAUCAAUUCGGGGUCAUUAUCUUUACCUUUGUGGCACUUUUCUUAAUGCUAUGUGUUUUCAACUCCCACGCUUCGGCCGCUAUAAAUAUUUAAAGGCUUAUCUGUAGCUGAACUUGUGUUUUAUUAUUCAAGACUUUGGUUUCUUUCAUUAUAAAAAAGGUUCUCAGGGAUAGCGAAACACAAUUAAAGGGAACUAGUUUGUUUGUAAUUUUGCAUUCCAGUUGAAUAAUUUUGAGCCCAUAGGUCACCAAAUUAAAUAUUGUUUACAUUUGUAUCCCAAGGAAAAUCAAAAAUGAAUGAUCCUUUUUCUGUGCUGUAUCAUGACAACAUGUAUUGAAUAAGAUGUACUGUCAGUAGAUGUUACUGAACCAUUUCUUGUCAAACAUAAACAUUGUGAUUCUUAAUGGACUCGUUCCAUGUGAAACUGUCUCAAAUGUUCUGGCUGGCACCAAACACUGUUUUUUGUGUUGAGUGUUCAAUGUGACUAUUUCAUGGUAUGCAAGAGCAUUUUGGAAGAGCGCUUUAUACAGUUAGGUGUUGACAUAUCGCUGUAAUUAGGUGUUCAGUCUCCUCUCGAGGGGAAACAAUUAUCAUUGUUUACUUUGUCCAUUUGUUUUCUUUGGGAGCCUCCGCAGACAUCACACGUAUGUUGAAUUAUAGAAGGACCACCUCUAUCUUAUCCCAAAGGUAUCCAUGUUGUGUGGGAAUUUGUCACACUUAUGCCAAGAAGUCAUUGUUGCCUCUGUUGAUUUUCUGUGCCCAGCCAUAUGUACAGUUUUGCCCCUUACACUAAGGACCUUGUGAGAUGAAAAACAAAUAAAGUCAAAACCUUUCCAAAACA